GCACUGUAGACAGACACUUCAUAAACUCCUCUUCAAAUCUACGUCCAACUUCCAUAAGCUAGCUUAUCAUAAACUUCAGAUAACUGUUCAUCGAUGUUUCCGAUGCAUUGAUGUAUUUUGUACAUCUUUAGCUCGUCGUUAUAAAAUAAUUACGUUUGGAAUAUACGUCAGAAAAUUUGGUUGCAUCAGUUGUUAAGUUUAUGUGUAAAGAGUAAAGCCUCGUCAUGAUUCUAUAAUUGAAUCAUGAAGCCUCGUACUUUAUUGGCUUCGAAACAAAUUAUUGAAUUUGUUCUAACUGUGAAAAUGACCAGCAAAAACCUAAUGAAGGCCUGCCCGUUCUAUAUUGUUGAUAACAAAACUCCCAGGCAUACUCUUUUGUCUGCGCGGUACAAACAAAGUUUUGCCUACAAAACUAUGUGCUUCCGAUUACCUGGAAUCUUAAACAAUAUCGCUGAAGACAUAUCAAUAAAUACUGAAAAUAUAAUUGCUGAGUUCGGAGAGGAAAUUCGAAAAGACGUACAAUCUAUUAUAAGCAGGAUUUUAAAGCUAAAAUAUAAACUUGAAAACGAUUGUGUAAUGAAGACAUUUGAUGGAAAUGAACGGGACAAAAGCCUUUGGAAUGACCUUCUUAAGGAACUGAAUACUGAUUCUAACACAUUUUUAAGAGCUUGUUGGCUAUAUGCUGAAUGCUACGUGUAUCGACGUCUAUACUGCUUUUUUGAAAACCACACGACCCUUAAGGCAUAUGAUUACUUCUCACAUAAUAAACGGAAUGCCUUUGUAACCAGUACGGAUUCAAUGCUUGAAAUACUUCGCGAUCUUAAAACUAUGGAAACCCAUAUAUCCGAUGAUUAUUUAAAACUUUUGUUGAAGCUGAAUUUGUGGGGAAAUCGUUGCGACCUAUCAAUUUCUUCUGGAAAAGAGGUGAAACUUCAUGGCAAUCCGUUCGAACUUGUUAGAAAUUUGGAUACAAAGAUACUUGUUGAUCAAAGUUCUAAGAUUAUUGAAUGUCUUAAAUCUGCAGACUGUGGAAAUCCAGUGAUUAUUGAGAUGAUUUGUGAUAAUGCUGGUUAUGAGCUUUUUACCGAUUUUAUACUGGCCGACUAUCUAAUCGAAAGCAAAUUAGCUAGCGCGGUUCGAUUCAACUUAAAAGCUAUCCCCUGGUUUAUAUCCGAUGCAACAAUAAAUGACUUUCGUUGGAGUUUACAAUUUAUGAAGGAUCAUACAUCGAGCGCUUUACGAGACUACGGCAAAAAAUGGCAAACAUUUGUUGUGGAAAAUAAAUUCCAAGUGGCUAAUUUAAACUAUUUUUGGACAAGUCCCUACGAAUAUUAUAGGAUGCCUGCAAUCGAUCCGGACUUGUAUGCAAGACUUUCUAAAGCUCAUUUAGUGAUUUUCAAGGGAGACCUAAACUAUCGCAAGCUUAUCAGUGACUUUUCUUGGGAUUCUACAGAGUCUUUUACAACAUGUUUAAGAGGCUUUCAACCAACAAAUGUGUGUAGCCUUCGUACUGUCAAAGCCGAUUUGAUAUGUGGUCUUGCAAAGGGGCAAGCAGAUAUACUAGAUAGGGAGGAUAAAGAUUGGAUGACAACUGGUGACUACGGAACUAUUCAAUUUUCGGGCAAAUGAUUUACCUGAUACAUAUGCACAUACUAUAAAUGUAUGUAUAUAUGCAUACUCCGAAAUUUGCUUGAUUUCAUCAGAAGAUUUAAACCUAGCAUUUAUGUAGAUAUAUAUGUACAUAUGUAGAAUAACAUAAUAUAAUCUAAAUGUAUAAUAAUAAAGACAGUGGGCAUUUGACAUAAAUGUUUUAAGUUUUUACUUCAUUAAUUAUUUUU